UGUGACGUAAUUGCUUCGAUUAAUAAACUAUAGAGAUAAAUAGUGGUGUUGAUUCUCCUUAUUUUCGAGUAUUUGCAUUAAGGUUGGCAUUCAAAUUUACCAAAUAUGACGUAACUGCUUUGUUUGAGUGAAUAAUCUAUACAGAAAUCUACUGAAAACAGAUUGGCUAUACCGGGCUAAUGACAGAUGACAACGUCACUGACACGGUAUUUGCCAUUUUCUUCUUCAAAUUCAUUACAGCGUUAUAAACAAGUUGAACUUUAAAAGAAUAGAAUUAGCUGGCUUCUAUUUAGGCCCAAAUAAGCUGGAUGUCGACAUCGGAAAGUAGUGACGUUCACCUAAGCAAAACGUUAUGCUGGUUACUGAGACACGGUGCUGAGAAAGAAGGCCUGGAUAUUAGUGCUGAUGGAUAUAUUAAGGUCUCAGAUCUAUUAAAGCAUCACAAACUGAAGGGCAAGUAUAGCAUAGACGAUAUAAAGAGGAUUGUAGAAACCAACAACAAGCAAAGGUUCUCACUGCGCUGUGGUGAACAUAACGAGUUGGAAAUCUGUGCGAAUCAACAGCAUUCACAACAGAGAAGAGGUAACGUUGACGCUCAGCUAAGCAAAACCCUGUCUAGGCUCCUGAGACAUGAUGCUGUUAAAGAAGGCCUUAGGAUAAGUGCUGAUGGAUAUAUUGGGGUCUCAGAUCUAUUAAAGCAUCCCAGUCUGAAGGGCAAUUUUAGCCUAGAUGAUAUAAAGAGGAUUGUAGAAACCAAUGACAAGCAAAGGUUCUCACUGCGCUGUGGUGAACAUAAAGAGCUGGAAAUCUGUGUGAAUCAACAGCAUUCACAACAGAGAAGAGGUAACGUUGACGCUCAGCUUAGCAAAACUCUGUCUAGGCUCCUGAGACAUGAUGCUGUUAAAGAAGGCCUCAGGAUAAGUGCUGAUGGAUAUAUUGGGGUCUCAGACCUAUUAAAGCAUCCCAGUCUGAAGGGCAAUUUUAGCGUAGAUGAUAUAAAGAGGAUUGUAGAAACCAAUGACAAGCAAAGGUUCUCACUGCGCUGUGGUGAACAUAAAGAGCUGGAAAUCUGUGCAAAUCAACGCCAUUCACAACAGAGAAGAGGUAACGUUGACGCUCAGCUAAGCAAAACCCUGUCUAGGCUCCUGAGACAUGAUGCUGUUAAAGAAGGCCUCAGAUUAAGUGCUGAUGGAUAUAUUCGGGUCUCAGAUCUAUUAAAGCAUCCCAGUCUGAAGGGCAAUUUUAGCUUAGAUGAUAUAAAGAGGAUUGUAGAAACCAACGACAAGCAAAGGUUCUCACUGCGCUGUGGUGAACAUAAAGAGCUGGAAAUCUGUGCAAAUCAACGGCAUUCACAACAGAGACAAGGUGACGUUGAUGUUCAGCUCAGCAAAACUCUGUCUUGGCUUCUGAGAUAUAGUGCUGUUAAAGAAGGCCUCACGAUUAGUGCUGAUCGAUAUAUUAAGGUCUCAGAUCUGUUACAGCAUCGCAAACUGAAGGGCAAUUAUACCAUAGAUGAUAUAAAGAGGAUUGUAGAGACCGACACCAGGCAAAGGUUCUCUCUGCGCUGUGGUGAACAUAAAGAGCUGGAAAUCCGUGCAUAUCAACGGUAUUCACUACAGAGAAGUGGUGACGUUGACGUCCAGCUCAGCAAAAUUCUGUCGUGGCUGCUGAGGCAUAGUGCUGUUAAAGAAGGCCUCAGGAUUAGUGCUGAUGGAUAUAUUAAGGUCUCAGAUAUAUUAAAGCAUCGCAAACUGAAGGGCAAGUAUAACAUAGAUGAUAUAAAGAGGAUUGUAGAAACCAACAACAAGCAAAGGUUCUCACUGCGUUGUGGUGAACAUAGUGAGCUGGAAAUCUGUGCGAAUCAAGGGCAUUCACUACAGUGUGUGACAGAGACAGCCUUAAAACCUUUAACUGAUACUGAUGUCAACAUAAUCCAUGGUACAUACUACAAGCAAUGGGAAAUUAUUAAAUCCCAGGGUUUGAGCCGUAUGUCAAGGAACCACAUCCAUUUUGCCACAGGCCUUCCAAAUGACGCAACUGUCAUCAGUGGUAUUAGAGCAUCUGCAGAAGUUUUUAUCUAUAUAGACUUGAAGCAAGCCCUUUCUGAUGGAAUCGAGUUCUUCAAAUCAGUCAAUAAUGUCAUCCUGAGUCCUGGCGAUGAUAAUGGUAUAAUCAAACCUAAAUACUUUCACAAAGUUGUUGACAAGCACAAUCGAAAAUUAUUUUGAAAAUGACUGACAUCAUAGACUUGACAAAUGACAAUACGCAGGAAGGUGAGGAAGUUAACAAUGGUGAAGACAAAAAUGAUCUUCCAAAAAUAAGUAAUCCAGACCUGUGGUGUGAGUACUGUAAUGUAGAGCUACCUGAUAUGGAAGGGAUGUAUAAGCAUGUGACUGAAAGGAGACAUGGUAAAUUCUAUUCAACAGCUUGCAGUGGAAUGAAAGAGAAACAGAAUCGUGGUGUUUAUGUUAGAGGAUACUCUGAGAAGGAUAAAGAUAUGCUUAUAAAUUACUUCUCUAAAGAUGGGCGUAUUGUAUUUGCACACUUUGGAUAUGAUUUUAUGCUCUUUGACUAUUCGGACCCAUCUUGUGCAGCACAAGUUGUUAGUAGGAGGAGGCAUUUUUUUGAAGGAAAUCUGCUUUUGGUCAAAUACAGGGAGAAUCAACACCCAAAACCGCAUCCCCAAAUCACUGAAGAACCUCCUGACGAUCAGUCUGAGCUUUUAAAUUUGCUCAGGCUGCAACCGACUCUGAGUCAACAAGCAAUGCAAUUACGUGUCUACCAGCUGCAGAACAUUCAACAACAGUACAGAAAUGUAUACAGAAUCGUCGCUGAAUUAGGGAGUGUCUUGGUUAGAGCGUUUCCAGAAUGUGUGGUAAGCUGGUUACUGAGAAACGUCGUUAGAACGUAGACAUUUGCUAUGUACACCCAUUUGGAUCAAUGGCUACUGGACUUUGUUUCAGAAACAGCGACUUGGAUUUGUAUAUUUCUGGCAUUAGGCGAAUGGGUGCAAACGAUGUACCGCUGUUGUUUAGGCUGAAAAAGAUGCUGUUAGAUUCGAAUACGUUCCGGUACGUCUUAGUAAUAGCAAAUGCCAAGAUCCCCAUAAUGAAAUGCAUCCACACUGCCACAGAUACCCAUUGCGACAUAAACCUUAGGAACAUGUUGGGCGUUUGUAAUUCUCAACUGAUCAAGUACUACAUGUCUCUGGAUCCAAAGCUGACCGAUUUCAUGUUCAUCAUCAAAUAUUGGGCCAAAAUACAUAAGUUCACUGGCCAAAAUUCACUCUUCACCAACUACAGCUUCGCUAUGAUGAUUAUUUAUUUCCUGCAGCAACGCCCUUACAGUUUUUAUUCUGUGCACGAGCUCCAGCGGGAUUAUAGGUUCGACAACAUCCAAGAUGGAUGGAACGGCGGAUUCGAACCUCGACCUUUGACCGCACAGAUGCGGCAGUGUAUCGGAGGUGUGAAUUUGAUCGAACUUCUCACCGAUUUCUUCCUGUUCUACGCCAACUUCGAUUACGAAAAGAUGGUCAUUUGUCCGUAUCUAGGGCGUGAGGAGCGUAUUUUGAAAAAAUCAGAUUUUGAGAAUCCACAGACUUUACCAGUCUUCCUCAUGCCUUACAAAAUGUACAUGACCUCACAAGGGGCAGUUCCGUUCAAGCAUCAAGCUGUCGUUUGCAUUCAGGAUCCUUUCGAGCUGUGCAGAAACAUCACGCCAAUAAUAUCUGAAACCACAUUGAAGUUCUUCAUAUCCUUCUGUCAUCUGGGCGUAGAAACACUCUACGCCGGAGAAAAAGAAGCUCUGUACAAACUGUUCACAGCCCGUCCUGCGGCGUAUAGCGAGGCUUUGAUCGCCCAGAAUAGUCUCACGAAGCAAAUCGUCAUCAAUAUGGACAAGAAUUGCAAAUAUUUGAGGAAGAAGAUAGACAAGAAUGCUCCUGACAAUCAGUUAGCGCUGAAAAUCGCGUGGUUCGGGACAUUGAAGAGUUUCUUAAAGACUGUGUUAAAGGAUAUUUUGAGAUUGAGUUUGGAAGAAUUGGCCGUUGAGAGGAACGCCAAGCAUAUGAAGACAGAGGGGCAGAAAGAUGUGCACAACAGGAAUUUGGAUGCAGUGUGUUACAGGUACUUUUAACACGCCUAGUCGUACUUAUUUGGGAAGAGACUUUUCUGUCAAGGAAACGUUAAACAACACAGUUCCUCGCAAAUACCAACUGCAAAUCACAUGCAAGAGAAGCAAGUUAUCAUACUGACAGUGACAAAUAAAAAUGCGGAAGACUCAUACGUUGAGAAAAAACUAAUGUAUGAGUGAGAUCAAUGUAUG